AUGGCACCAGGACUUGUAGAGCCAGUCGUCCAGUCAACUGAUGCGGCACCUGUCACAUCCCUCAAACAAUCAGUCAAGCCUGCCAACACACACAACUACGUCCCCGGGCGCACAACGGUCACUCAACACGAUGACACAUAUGAGUUUGAACACCUACGGCCACGCUUUCCCGAUAUCACGUGGCCUGCGCUGGAGGAGAUUCCUUACACCGAUAAAGGCUGCCUUGGUGACGUCAACUUCAAGAACCUUCUAUCCUCCGCUACGGAGGUCUUCGAUUACAACCCCAAGAUCGGCACAGAGGUACACGGCGUGGACCUAGCCAACCUCACCGACCCUCAAAAGAAUGAUCUCGCAAGGCUGAUUGCGACUCGAGGCGUUGUCUUUUUCCGCAACCAAAAGAACUUUGGUAUUGAGGAGCAGCGUGCUCUCGGCCAAUACUUCGGCCGUCUGCACAAGCACGCCACAACCGCCGUUCCUCGUCAAGAGGGUCUUGAAGACGUGCACGUUGUGUAUACUGGUGAAGGAUCCCCUGAUCUUCGCUCCCUGUUCUCGCCCACGUUCUUGUGGCAUUCAGAUGUCACGUAUGAGAUUCAGCCUCCUUCCUACACAUCUCUGAAGGUCCUCACAGGCCCCCCUCGUGGUGGCGGCGGCGACACUCUCUGGUCUUCCCAAUACGCAGCCUACGAUAUGCUGUCUCCCCACAUGCAGAAGUAUCUCGAGUCACUCACUGCGCUGCACUCUGCAGACCUACAAGCCCAAGGUACACGUGACCUCGGGCGCACCGUACGCCGCGAACCUGUAACGACGGAGCACCCACUCGUGCGCACGCACCCCGUGACAGGGUGGAAGAGUAUUUUCUUCAACCCAGGCUUCGUGACCAAGAUCGUCGGCGUACCCAAGACGGAAAGCGACCACAUCAUCAGCCUGCUCAACGAGAUCGUCGCCACGAGCCCCGAGUUCCACGCGCGCUUCCAGUGGCAGGCCGGCGACGUCGCCUUCUGGGACAACCGCGUCACCAACCAUUCGGCCACGUACGGCUUCGCACCGCACCGUCGCCACGCGGUCCGCGUCUGCAACCAGGCGGAACGUCCAUUCCUCGACCCUGCCGGCAAGUCGCAGGAGGACGACCUGAGCGCGCGCUAUGGCAUCCCGAAGGCGAACAAAGACGGCUCGGGCGUCGUCAACUACAACGACUAG